AUGAACAGCAGCCGGCUUACAAAGCGAAGUCUAACCUCUAAUCAUCCCAACACGAGCAGCAGCAGCAGUGGUGGUGGUGGUGGCGGUGGUGGUGGUGGAAGUAGCAGCAAUUAUACUUUAUCAGUUCAACCUACUGUGCCCACACUCACACCUGCUCAGAUGUAUUCCAAUUUUGAGGAAUGGAUCAAGAUGUGCACAGACAAUAAAGUCAAUGUCUCCAACACAUGGAAUUUUGCUCUGAUUGAUUACUUUCACGACAUGACAUUCAUCCGUGAAGGCGACUCUAUCAAUUUUCAAAAGGCCUCUUGUACGCUGGAUGGCUGUGUCAAGAUUUACACUUCGCGUGUAGAUUCUGUUGCCAAUGAAACUGGAAAACUGCUCAGUGGUUUAGCAGACAGCACUCAUGCUGACAACGAGGAUGAAGAGAGACACAAGGAAAGACGAGUGCGCAGAAAGAUGACUCGCAUAGACACAACACUGCUAAAGGACUUUUCCACACUUGCUGUCAAGAAGUUUGAUUUGGAUUAUACUGUGGAUCCCUUGUUCAAAAAGACCUCUGCUGAUUUCGACGAAGGUGGCGCCAGAGGCCUCUUGCUGAAUCAUUUGAGUCUGGACCAAAACUGCAAAAUCAUCUUUGAUGCUUCUGAUGCAACGGUGGAAGGUGAAUUGGAGGAUGCUAACAACGAACAUGCCAUCACAUCCAUUGAGCAUAUUGAACCUGAAGAGCAUGUGGUGUCAGAUGAGGAGGAAGACGAUGCCUCUUCUUCCGCUUCUUCAGACGACCAAGAAGCUGAAGAGACACAGGUCAAGCAGGAUCCAGCCGAGCAAGAACUAGACAAAGAUGUGGAGAUGAAGGAAAAUGAGGCUGAUGAACCAAAGCAAGAUCAAGCAGACACUGACAAACAAGACGACAUCAAGGAGGCACCUCCAACGGUGUAUGAACAGACCAAGCAAGACUCUCCUUCAACACAAGAACGUCCAGCCAUUGUCGUGGAGGAGCAAGCCAGCACAAAGGAAAACUCACCUUCUGCUACACCCAUCGAUGAGGAAUCUCGAGUCGAAAUUUAUAGAUUGAAAGCUAAACUACCAAAUUUUGAUGAUUUGCCCAACUUUCACAUUGUGCCAUUCUUGAAGGGAUUCGAUUUUUUUACUGAUGAUGCAACAUUGGCUAUACCCGACUUGGACAAUGACGAUGAUGAGGAUGAGGCCAUGAUGGAUAUUGCAAGAGAAAUGAACGCAGCACCCGAUGCAUUUCGCUUUGAUGAUGAUGACUAUGGCGUGGAUUACGGAGACGAUAUGGACGACGUGGACCCAUUUGCAGAGACUAACGACGAUCAGAAUCCAUUCCAAGAAGACAACGAUAGUGCACAGCCGGACGAGCUGGAACAUAGCUCGCCCAAAUACCCUGAAAACGACUUUUUAUCAGCAUUCAUGCACAAGGGCGAUCAGGACAUGCUGAAGUACUUUGACUCCACACUUGUCAAAAAUUGGGCUGGCCCUGAGCAUUGGAAAUUACGAAGACCUGUUGAAAAGAAAUCCACUGCCACAACCACUACCACUGCAAGCAACGCCGAGCAGAGCGACAGGAACAGUAGGAGGUCAUCUACCAAAAGACAGGCGGCAGAAUUCUCCCUUCCAUUUAGAGACAUAUUGAAUGAGGAAAAGGAUGCGCCCGAGGAAAAAGUGUUUGAGCAAGCUUCCAGAAGACCUGCACUCAGUAGAGACGUGUUACACAAGAUGCCUGACAAUAUUCUUCCCGAAGACAUCCAUUUCUCAUCCAAACUAUUACUGCAGUAUUCAUUAAAACCUGCCUUCCCAGGCCCAAAAAAGAAGACACUAAAGCAACAUGCACUAGCGGCCGAGCCUCAAGAUAACGGUGACACGCCCGAUGUCGACUUCUGGGCUGGCCAAACUCAACCCUAUGAUGAUGACAUGAUGGAUUACGGUGUAGACUACGGGGACGACAUGGACAUGCCAACAGAUACAUACGAUGCCAACGAUCAGACCAUUUUAACAGCGUUUGAAGACACCACAUUCUACAAUGACAACUAUGAUGAUGACAAUGAGCACUCCACACUGUAUGGCGACGAACUGAUCACCAAUCACCAUCUGAAAAAGAGCAAACCAUUGUACGUCAACUACGCUAGAACAGCCAAGCGUGUGGAUGUCAAGAAACUCAAGGACAACCUGUGGAAGGUGCUGACCAACAAUGAUUUGGAAGGAGAAAAAGUCCAGGGCGAGCUUAAAUUCACAGACAUUGUCAACAAUCUGAAAAAGCUGUAUUCACCGAAGACCAUGCGCGAUAUCUCCGUGCCAUUUUGCUUUAUUUGCUUGCUUCAUUUAGCGAAUGAAAAGGAUUUAUCCAUCAGUGGUAUGGGGCCUCAGCAGCAGCAGGACGAUGGCGACGAUGAUUUUGUGCUAGGCGAUGAUAAUGACUGGAUGGCCAAUGAAACUAUAUUAAGCGAGGUGACCAUUGUUCAGAAUUGA